AUGUCUGCUGAAAAUCACAACCCAUCGGAAACAUCACCUCCUCACUCUCCCACAGCUUUCCACCAUCCCACCCAGACCUUAGCUUCAGAGGAAGAGGAUACUGAGGGAAGUGAGAAGAGUUCAUCUGAAGAAUCUUUAUUUCCUAAAGACAAAAAGUCUCUGGAGGAAGACCAGUACCUGGAGGAGGAGGAGGAGGAAAAGUAUCUGAAAGGAAAGGAGUAUCUGCAUGAACAGGAGUAUCUGAAGGAGGAAAAGUAUCUACAGAAGGAAAAGCAUCUGGAAGGGAGAGAGGAUCUGUAUGAAAACUUUCUGGUAGACGGUUGGGGAAGCAGAUGGGACAAGCCUCCCUCAAUGGUGCUGGAGAAAUUGAGUGGGGUGACGCCACCUAGUUGGGACGAGAACUUCAACCAAGCGGGUCUGCUGUCUGGUGGACCACAGUGGGCACCCUAUUUUCUGGUGAACAAAACAUGGAAUCCAAAGGGGCUGGUGAGCGACCACUGGCCUGGGCAAGUUUUUACCAGCUCCUAUCAGAUGGUGUUUAGGACCACGGUCAAAGAAAUGGCUGUUCGUGACGAAAUGGAAGAGGAUAUUUACAUUCCCCUCACUGGUCAUCUGGAGAGUGAAACCAGAAGGAAACUUGGAAUUCUGUUGAAGAAAAAUUUUGAAAAAUACAAGGAAAUAAUCCUCUGGAUCAUCAAGAAACGUGAACGUAAGAACCCCUCUCCCAUUUUCCAUCCCGUGACCUUGCUCUGCUGGGGUGUCUCUCCCUGCCUCCCACCUUCUGCUGUGUCCAUAAAGGAGGCAGAAAUGCUUGUUCCCUCACUUGAGCUGGGCUGUGAAGGCUGCGUCCUUGAAAAGGGCUCCCGCUGCCGGAACCGUGGGCGCAACGUGCCUUCCAGGGCCAGGCGAGGGGGUGGGGAGCCCUCCAUUGCCCCGUCCAGCUUGCAGGUCCAAAGGCGGCCACGUCCUCCCCGUGACCUCCUCCAGCACUGUGCCGGCCCCAGUGACUUGCUUAACCAAAGGACUACAGAGACCACUAUCUCGUUUACUUUGUGUCAUCAACCACCAAAAGUCGAGGAGCCUGAGAAAGAAGAAGUAAAAAAACCUCGUAUUGUUCGCCGUGAGAAGACACUAGAAAUAGAUACGGACUGGAUAAAGAGCAAGACUAAGGUUCAUCAAGGUGAUGGAGAAUUAAUUCUCUACCCCAGUGAGACUGUCUUCCAAAUUCUCUUUUCUGAUGGAUCAGGCCAGAUACAUUAUCCAUCAGGACACCUGGCCAUGCUCAUCCUCAGUAUAAAAGAAGGAAAAUUCACAUGCAUCAUUCUGGAAGACAGUGAACAUUUGUGUAUCCGGGCCCUUAUCAACAAUUCUGGCCAUGCCACCUUCUACGAUGAAAAUGGAGACAUCUGGUUGAGCCUGAGCCCAAACCUAGGCUACUACUUCGCCAAAGGCAAGCACCAGAAGGCCUGGAACUGGUGGGAUCUGAACCUGCACGUCCACGCACCCCCUGUCCAGUCCAUCUCCUUGAAUAUCAACCGCUACAUCAAGGUACAUAUAAGGAGCCAGGAUAAGAUCAUCUUCCACUUCAUCCACCAAAAGAAACGCAUCUGCUUAAACCUGGGCACCAGGUACAAGUUCAUCAGCCCAGAGGUACUGAGUGAAAUGAAGAAGAAAGCAAUCCUAGAAAUGGAAAUCAGUCCAACAGCUCAGAAGAUCCAGAUCCUCCUGGGAAAAAUGAGUAGGACCCUGAAUAUACUGACCAUCUUUGAUCUCAAAAACUUCCUAGCGGGCUCCAAGAUCUUCCCAAUGAGACAAUCUGAGCUGGAGGAGAAAACCUCAUCUUCCAGUCUCAGGCAGUUGCCAGAUUGCCCCACAGCCUCUUCAGCCUGUGCUGAAUGUUUCAGGGAGGUGGGGUUGUAA